AUGUGCGAUAUUCCUUUGCAGGCGGGCGUUGAUAAUACCAGCGAUUUGGAUCCAUUCGCCGGCCAAAAGGCGACGUUCCACGAGACUGGUAUUAUCCGAUUCACCGGUCAAAAGGCGACGUUCCAAGAGGCCAUUGGCACUCUCGGCCUCGUUGGUGUCGUUGACGUGUGCUGGAAAUGGGGUAAGAAACUUGUUGAGAUAUGCGAAGCUUUCAGGCACGCCGACACGCAACUUGACGAGUACAUCUUUCGUCUCGAUGCCCGCUGGCUGCGCAUUGAGGACCAGAUUCAGGUAGUCCGCAAAAUAGGACCACUACUCAGCAGCCGCCACCAGGCAGUCCAGCAACGGUCCCUGGAGAUGGUGCUCGCUAAACUCACGGCGGCCGUCUCCAGGCUAGAGAGUUUCAUCGAGAUACCAGACCCUGCCCAGGGACCUUUGGCCCAACCAAGAAUCAAGCGGUGGAAGUACUCGAUUGUCAAGGAGGCCCUCGCAGAAGCCAUUUCCGAGCUCGAAAGAUGGCAGCAAAUCUUCGACCCGAGCUGGUUCCUCUUACUGCUGAUUGCCGACCCGCAGGUCGACAGCCUACUCGAGGCUAACCAGCCGCGGGCCGGCUCCGUACGCGGAGGGCCCCCGGCGCCUCUCUCCGCCGCACAGUCUAUACGCCGCGCCAUCAACCCGGGCACGGCGAAUAACGGCCGCUCCGACAUUGACCUCUCAUGGAAGGGCCUGGUAGCUGGGAGCAUCCGUCCAAUUCCUUUCAGCACGGCCAGCACCGCCCAGCGCGCCGACAACCAGCAAAGCGUGCUGCUGGACCCUGUUACCUGCGUGUCGCGAACCUCGGCAGACGCCAUGGCCCAAGACAUCCGUAACUUCGCCUGGAGCCUACGCCACGCGGACCCCUCUACCCUGGGCCUCCUCGGGUGCAAGGGCAUCUUGAAGGACGAGGAGGGAGACGGGGCGGCCGGGGGGAAGGCGGGGUCUCGACCCGUACUUCCCGCCGGUCUUUGCUUCGUCUUCCGCCUCCCCGUAACCCACCCACACGUGGAGAGUCUGCGGGGCCGCCUUCUCGGUGGGAGGAAUCGCGCCCACGACUCGCUGUCAGAGCGCUUCAUCCUGGCGAGGCAGAUGGCGGCGGCCGUCAGCUACGUCCACCUCUACGGUUACGUACACAAAAACAUCCGGCCAGAGACGAUCCUCCUCCUCUGCCACCCCGCACCGCCCCGGAGCGGACUAGGCGAAGGAGGCGGGAAUACCGGGCUCGUAGCGAGCGAGAUGGUUGCCCUCGUCGGCUUCGACGUGCUCCGCGAAGCUGGGGGCAAGACAUGCCGCACGGGCGACGAUGAUUGGGAGAAGAACCUAUACCGGCAUCCGCAGCGGCAAGGCCGAUCGCUCCAGGUCGAUUACGAGAUGCGCCACGACAUCUACAGCCUGGGCGUCUGCCUGCUCGAGAUCGGCCUAUGGGAAAGCCUUGUCGGUUACGGAGCCAGCUCGGGCGCGCCUUUUCCCGGGCCGGAGCUGUCUAUAUCCGACGGUAAUAUGAGCGGUCCGGAGUUGCUUAAGAACCCAGAGCGUAUCAAAGACGGCCUUGUGCGGUUGGCUAGGGGCCCGCUCCGGCGUACCAUGGGCACCAUGUACGCCAAGGUCGUCGAGACGUGCCUGACAUGUCUCGAUAUAGGCAAUAUCGACUUUGGGGACGAGAAAGAAUCCCAAGGCAAGGAUAGCGUGGUGGUAGGAGUUCGCUACAUUGAGAAAGUGGUUAUGAGGCUUGCCCCCGCAUCAAGCACCCAAUACGAUGCCGCCUCUAGUUUGGCCCCCAAGUCUUUCGUUUCUGAUCCCGUUCGACCUUGCGAGUAUAGCGUAAAUAUCCGCCCCGCCGCUAUGGCACACAUCCCGGACCUCGUCCGUGAUAACAAGCUCGAGACGAGCUUUGACGACAAGUUCACGGUCCAUUAUUACGACGAUUCGGAUGGCGAGGAGCACAGGCGGCCCAACCAGCGCUCUGUACACUGGGAAGAGGCUGGGCCGCUGGCGAGCGGCGGCUUCGGCGAGGUCUUGCUUCAGCGCUGCGUCGACGGGAACUGUGGUUAG